GUGCAUGUGUGAGUGUGCGUCUGUGUGCGGCAGUGCGGCAGCAAGUAGCUGUCAAAUAACUAGUGGAUGAAAAACGAGUUCACUUUUUUCCUAUAAAAAUGAUUUCUAUUACGUUAAUAGUUUAGUUUAGAGUUAUGUACGCCUUUAAAUACCCGUAUGAAAAUAUUUUAACUUGUUAUUUAACAAGCAGUACUUACGUUGACUACAGAAACCAUGGUUCAGUUGCAUCCACCGUUGCAACUCGAGGAAAUACCAAAAGAAGACGAAGAAAGGCUAGAAAAAUUGUUUUCUAAAUUAGACACCGAUGGAAAUGGAAAGAUCGACAUCCACGACCUGUCCGUCGCCCUCAAGGAGUUGGCUCCGCACAUCAACCGCAGUUAUGCAGAGAAAUUCUUGGCAAAGCCUGGCUGGAAAGAUGGCGGUGACGUCACCAUGUCCGAAUUCAUGCACUACGUGCGCGAACACGAGAAGAACCUUAGGCUCCAAUUCUCUCACCUUGAUAAGAAUCAAGAUGGGAAAGUGGACUUGGAGGAGCUUAUAUCCGCAUUCGCAGACAUGGGCAUUGCGGUUGGGAGAAACGAAGCAACUAAUUUAUUGAAGAGGAUGGACCAGGAUGGCAGUCUCACCAUCAGCUACGACGAAUGGCGAGACUACAUGCUUCUGGCGCCGGCCACCGACAUCCACUCGCUCAUACACUUCUGGAGACAUUCUACCUACUUGGACAUUGGCGAGGACAUGAACGUACCCGAUGACUUCACCCAAAGUGAGUUGCAGACGGGCAAGUGGUGGCGACAUCUAUUAGCCGGAGGCAUCGCAGGAGCAGUCAGCCGGACCUGCACGGCUCCAUUAGAUAGACUCAAAGUAUUUCUACAGGUUAACCCAACAAGGGAAAAUAUGAGUGGAUGUUUAAUAAGAAUGAUAAAUGAGGGUGGUAUUAGCGGCUUAUGGCGAGGUAAUGGCAUUAAUGUAAUUAAAAUAGCACCCGAAUCGGCCUUGAAGUUUGCUGCCUAUGAACAAGUGAAAAGACUUAUAAAAGGAGACAGGAGAGCCAAUCACCCCUUGGAAAUCCAUGAGCGUUUUGUAGCUGGCGCAAUGGCGGGUGCGAUGGCCCAAACUGUGAUCUAUCCACUAGAGGUGUUGAAAACAAGAUUAGCUUUAAGAAGGACGGGCCAGUACAGCGGGAUACUGGACGCUGCAAGAAAAAUAUAUUUAAGGGAAGGGCUUAAGUGUUUCUACAAAGGAUACAUUCCAAAUAUAUUGGGCAUAGUACCAUACGCUGGCAUUGACCUUGCCGUCUACGAGACACUGAAGAAGAAGUACAUAAGCAAAUACCAAACUCACAACGAGCAGCCAGGCAUGUUACUUCUACUAGCGUGCGGCAGCGCCUCCUGCACGCUCGGACAAGUCUGCUCAUACCCUCUGGCACUCGUCCGGACGCGAUUGCAAGCUCAAGAGAAAGCAGCACAUGGCGCGGAGGGCACAAUGCGCGGUGCGUUCCGCGAGAUAGUCCAACGCGAGGGCUUGAGGGGUCUAUACCGAGGCAUCACUCCGAACUUCAUCAAGGUGAUCCCGGCCGUGUCCAUCUCGUACGUGGUGUACGAGUACGCGAGCCGGUCUCUCGGCGUGAAUAUGACGUGAUCGCGCCGCAGGCCCGCGGCUGCUGACGUCACGCGGCCGGCACGCGACAUCCCCGUCGCGACCGUUCCGCCCCAACGCUCGAGCUCAAACUCGCAUCACAUUCUAAUUUAAGCAUAUUAGCAAAUUGCAUUUCGUUGUACAUAGCUCUUGUGCAUGUUACGUCAUAUUUAUUCUGUGUACGUACGUGACAUAUUCCAAUUUAUUUAAUUAUUUCGAAAGGAUAUUGUAAUCGUUUAAGCUUGUAAUUGUGUAGCGAACCAUUGGUUGCAUUUGGUGGUAUAAAUUGAGGUGGAUAGAGUAAACGACACCGACCAGAAGUCGGUCACACAACCUGUGAUUACAAUAAAUUAUGUAUUUUUUUA